AUGGACUCACAAAAUCCCUUCUUCCUUGACAUUUUACAAGACAAGGAACAAGGUUUUGAGUCUUUUGAUAGUAGUAUUUUGAUGUCUACUCCGCAUUUAGACGUGAAUGUCCAUCAAUCUCCACCCGAAGUUGAAAUGGGACAAUCUACACCCCCCAUUGCAAAAAAAUCAACUACUAAGAGAAGUCAACGGGGAAACAACUUCACGGUAGAUGAAGACAUUAAGCUAGUAUCGGCGUGGCUUAAUGUUAGCUUAGAUGCCGUGAUAUCGACAGACCAAAAACACACAACAUUUUGGGAUAGAAUUUGGUCCACCUUCCACAAUGACAAGAAAUUUAACCGCUCUAAGGAUUCUUUAUGUAGUCAGUGGUCAACAAUUCAAAGGGAGACCGACAAGUUUUGUGGAUACUUAGCCCAAAUUGAGAACCGGAAUGAAAGUGAUAAAACUGAGCAUGACAAGAUUGAAGAUGCAAAAACUAUGUAUAAAGAAAAUAGUAAAAAUGCAUUUCAAUUGGAACAUUGUUGGAGAAUUUUGAGGAAUGAAGCUAAGUGGUUGAUUCAAAGAGAUAAUUUGAAGGUCCGCCCUAGACAACUAACUACACAAUCUUGUAAUACUUUUGCAAGCUCAAUAAAUUUGGAUGAAGAUAAUAAUGAGAUGAACUCCGACAAAACCUUGGAGAGACCUAUAGGCAAGAAGGCCGAAAAGGAGAAAUUAAAGAAAAGAAAGAAUUGUGAUGACGUGGUCCCAAUACUUUCCUCCCAAUUGGACGAAAUCAAGGAAGGAAAAAGGAGAAUGCAUGAGGAGAAAAAGGAAAGUAUGCGCAUUGCAUUAGAAGAACGAAGAGAGUUCUUGCGCAUUGCAUCCGAAGAACGAAGAGAGUUGAUUCGUAUCAAAUAA